AUGGACUCGCUAAAGUUGUUGUCCUCCCCGAAAAUCUUUUGGCACAAGAGCGUGGUGAAGAAACAAGAGCGGGAAAUAGCACUAGGGCAAAAGGGAUGUGUAAUUUGGCUCACAGGUCUCAGUGGCUCAGGAAAGAGUACUUUGGCUUGCAAGCUUGAUCACGCACUGUUGAGCCGGAACAAGCUCAGCUAUGUCCUCGAUGGUGAUAAUCUUCGCCAUGGGCUCAACAAAAACUUGGACUUUAGCACUAAAGAUCGUGCUGAAAACAUUAGACGUGUUGGUGAAGUGGCCAAGCUAUUUGCGGAUGCAGGGCUAAUAUGCAUUGCGAGCUUCAUUUCACCGUAUAGAAACGACAGAAAUUUAUGUCGCGAGCUACUUCCUCCUGGAGAUUUCAUUGAGGUUUACCUCAAAGUUCCAUUGAGCAUUUGCGAAAAAAGAGAUCCCAAGGGACUUUACAAGCUUGCUCGUGCCGGGAAAAUCAAAGGUUUUACUGGUAUAGAUGAUCCAUAUGAGGAGCCUCUCGACUGCGAGAUUACAAUGGGAGUUGAGAAUGGCACUCCAGACGAAAUGGCCACCACAGUGAUUACGUUCCUUGACAGAAGAGGUUAUUUGGCAAUUCCCUUGUGCUUGAACAUGGGUGAGCAAGAUAUUGAUCCUGAUGAGUAUGGCAUUAAUGAUAAUGGCCAUAAAAAACUCUUGAUAAUGUUGCCUUGCCACAAGAUUUCUGAGGUUCAAAAUGACAUUAAAGAGGUUAAUCAAUCUCAUAUCCAUGAUUACCAUUGUUGGCUUAAGGGGAAAGAGAUAGGGUGUGCUAUAGUUGGUAUCGGAGUAAAUGGCAUGGAUGGUCAUAGCACUUAUGUUUAUGGUAAAUGGGCUCUGAGUGUUCCUUUGAUGGUUCAAGGGAUUCUUGACCAUCAUUCGUUCCAAAUUAUGGAUCUUGGUCGUAAAAAUGUUAUUUUUGGGAAGGAAUGGGCUUGGGUGGAUUUCAUUCAGGAGGAGUUCCGUGAUGUAUUUCCAAAUAAAUUGCCUAAUGGUUUGCCUCAAAAACGUGAAAUUCAGCAUGAGAUUGACUUGGUUCCUAAAACUACUCCUUAUCAGCAACAACCAACUCAUACUAAUCCCGCUAAAGAUGAGGAGAUUAAUAAGUAG